CAUUCUGCAGUUCAUUAUGACGCGAAUAGAAUGCAGAACGCAACAGUUAGUUUAGGGAUUCUUUAUAGAUCACAUUUCAUUUGGCUACCUGAUUUCUAAGUGAACGCAACGCAAAACUAGCCGUCUGAAGGAAACAAUACUCAAGACUUCUUGACCUACGACGCUACAGACAUGGCGAGUGAAGUCACAUCACGAAAAAGCACUCGAUUGAGUUCAACAGGAUACUACGACAUUGAGGGAGAACCCUUCAUCUGCUACAAGGAGACCAUCCACAGGAUUUUCAGAAGACAUCGUAGGAACACGUCUCAGUUCAAUAACAGCCACAGAACAGAAGAACAGAUGAACAGGAACAUAGACAGCAACAUACUCGUUAACCAAAAAAGAAACAUACUGAGUAUCCAAAACACCAGCAGCAGGGCCUCGUCCACUGUGUUCAAGAUUUUUGGCAUUCCUUUCUUCCUAGUCCUCCUGUGUUUUGGAUUGAUCUACUUGAUCCUGGCUCUGAACAGCCAAUACGUUACCGAUACGACUAUGGCUGCAUCAUGUGAAGAGCUAGCGAAGCAACUAAGAAAGCUGCAGGAAAAGCAGGGGAUAUUAGAAAAGAAGAUUGACCUGCUACCGGUGGCGGACACAAUGCCCAACUACGCUCUGGAGUCGCAAGGGGCCUGUGCAGUAUCUCAUCGGUCCUCAAACACAUACAAUGCUCAAGCAGGCUGGAGUUUUCUCUGGAUACCUAUGUGGCUACCAAGUGCAAACCCAGGGAUUGUAAUUAAGGGAGGCUCACCCCUGGUUAUAGGGCACUGCUGGCCCUUUGCAGGUGAGCGUGGACAUUUAUUCAUCACCCUGUCCCACCCAAUCACCAUAAGCCACGUAGCACUGAGUCACCUCUCAAGGAGCCUUUCCCCAACUGGCACCAUUUCUGGCGCCCCCAAGGAGUUUUCUGUCUAUGGCAUGAAGACUUUUGAUGAAGAAGGAACCCCACUUGGAACCUUUCUUUAUGAUCAGGAUGGGGACUCAACACAGACUUUCAAACUUCCUGAUCAUAAAAAAGCUGUCUUUCACCAUGUAAAACUGCAAGUUGAGACCAACUGGGGGAAUCCUGACUACACUUGUCUGUACAGUUUUAAGGUACAUGGGACGCUGGCAGACUGAAGAAGGACACAGAGGAGUAGACAGGACCCCAACAUCUGGGUGCAGAGACAGAUGAGUAUGAUUUUCCGUAACAUUAAAUCAGAUUCCAACCAUCUGUGGAUAAAUAGGCUUAAUUUAACAUUGUGUUGUGGAAUUUGCAGUCAUAAAAUACCAGCAAGUGUUAUUUUUAGUGUAAGUGGGAGGUGAGGUGUGAUAUCCACUCCAAUUGGCUGGGUUGGACACUUGUGCAGGGGAGGACAGGGUGGGUGGGUUGAUGCUAGGAGGAAGUAUGGUGAAGGUGCACCAUACUUGCUUCCAGCUAAAUCUCCUCCCUGCAAGGUGAAAAGAAGAGAUGCGUGGCUGUCUACAUCACUUGGCCACUUGCUGGUAUUUUCUGUCACUUUUUACUAUCACACUUGAUGUAAUUUACCCUUAAGGAUUAUUAAGAGCAUGUCUUCUUUCUUUUUCUAAAUUCCACAACACAACGUCUUCUACGUAUUCACAGAUGGUUUCAGUCUGAGGGCUACACGGUGGCACAGUGGUUAGCACUGUAGCCGCACGGAGGAAGAACUGUCUAUGGUUCUGGCUCUGUGCAGAGUUUGCAUAUUCUCUCUGUGUAUGCGUGGUUUUACUCCGGGUCCUCUCCGGUUUCCUCCACAUAAAAUAUGCAGAGUUUAGGUUAAUUUGUUGCAUAAAUUCGGAUGUUAUAAUCAUAAC